GCCGUUCGUAAGGGCAAGACCGCGAAAUCAUCGUCGAAGAACAAGCUUGCGUCGAAGACUAAGGGAAAGACCGCGUCUAGGUCCAAAUCAGCCAAGAGUAAGACCGCCAUCAAGACAAAGGCUGGUAACAGAGGCAAGACCGGAAAAGCGGCCGGAAAGAACAAGGCCGUUUCGAAGACCAAGGGCAAAGCUUCCAAGGCCUCCGCAAAGAACAAGGUCUCUCCCAAAGCUAAAGGUCGCGCUGGAUCGAAGAGCAAGGUCGCAUCAAAGUCCAAAGGCAAGACACUCUCGAAGAGCAAAGCUGCGACCAAGGGCAAGAAGGUCUCCGCAAAGAGCAAAGUCGCCAAAGGCAAGACUGCGUCGCGAUCGAAAGCCGUGAGCAAAGGCAAAAAGUCAUCGAAAGCACCUAAAUCAUCCGGGAAGAACAAACUUGCUUCUAAGAUCAGGAGCAAGAAUGCUUCCAAGGCCAGUAAAGGCAAAGUCACCAAGUCGUCCGCAAAGAACAAGGCCGGCGCGAAGGCUAAGGGCAAGACGACCUCGAAACCGAAAGCGGCUAAAGGCAAGACGACCAAGAACUCUGGAAGGCCGAAGGCUGUCGCCAAGUCCAAGGGCAAGACUGGAUCCAAGGCGAAGACGACAUCGAGGACGAAGUCGGUCGGCAAGGGAUUGAAGACCAAGGCGGCUGCAAAGGGCAAGACUGGCUCAAAGUCGAAAGCAGUCAACAAGGGUUCGAAGGCCAAGGCGACGUCGAGAGCUAAGACUGGGAAAGGCAAGACGUCGUCAAACCGCAAAGCCGGCGCGAAAGGGAAGACGUCCAUGAAGAGCAACACGAGCUCUAGGGGCAAGAAAACUACCACUGCUCGUAAGACCACCAAAGCCAAGACUGCGCCCAAAGGCAACACUCGAUCCAAGGCCGUCAACAAGGGCAAGACAAACACAUCCAAGGCGAGACCUGCUACCAAAGGCCGAACCUCUUCAACCAAAUCCAAGACCUCUCCCAACCGUGGAGCCAGCAAGAAGACGAAUGUGUCCAAAACCCGAGCUGCACCGGCCAAGAAGGCGACUCAACCCAAGAAGAACUCGGCUGCAAGACAAGCCGCACCUAGUAGGAAGCAGGCCGCUCUCAAAGCUGUACCAAAGUCGGCGGCAAAGCCAGUUCAAAAGGCUGCUCCCAAGAGGGCCGUGGCCCCCAAACGUUUGAACUCUUUCCAUCUCGUCGCCCCCAACUAUGAAUGUCAAUUCACCGCAAUAUUUACACUCUCGCAUUUGCAUUCGUUGAGCUCUUACCAGGCUUCUCCCGUGACAACUGGGAGCAACUCCCGACCACAACUUAACUCCGCUCAUAUUUGCACUCCAGGCACCUCUCGACUGCAAAAGUCCACUUCAAACGCUGAG